AUGGCAAAGUCUGUCGCCGCCUUCCGUACAAUAAUUGCCCUUCUAAUUGUUCUGCUUUUCAUUGCUUCCUUGGGCAUUAGUGCCAACGGCAGAAGCCACAGCAGUGCCGUGCCGGUUGGAGUCGAGGCGAAGCAAGACAUGGUCAGGCAUUUGUAUCAAAACCAAGAAUUGUGA